UGUUGAACAGUUGCUAUAUACAUAUAGUCUGUGUAUCUCUGUAAUCUCAGACGGCUUGAUCUUUUCUAUUGGUUAUGUCUGUUGGACAAUAUAGCAAUCUAAUUUGAUCAGAUUGAACAACAUUCUACCAUGAUGUCCCUGUCCGGACACUCUGUGUAUCUCCUCGAUGUCCUCACUGUGUGGUUCUGUCUGCUGGCAGUCUCCCAGGCGUAUGUUAAUGUCGCCCUCAACAAACCAGCGUACCACCUGUACCCUGCACCAGGAGUCGACAGAUUUGACGCCAGUAACGCUGUAGACGGACGUAAGUCAGACCUGAGUGGACCUGGAGGUCAAUGUGCUGUAUCAUAUACUGCAAAAAACGCCACCUGGUGGGUGAACCUGACCAGCAUCUACAGCAUCCAUCACAUCAACAUCUACUUCGGGACGGAUAAUGAUCUACGGAAUUUUCGUUUUGUAUUGACAAAGUUCAUCCUUGGAUUUUCGGUGUACGUCUCCAAUACAACAGACAGACUACAGGGAACACUGUGUUACAAAGACGACAACUCUACAGUAGAAACCAUGCCUGCUGUCUUCACCACCACCUGUCCUGUACAUGGACAGUACGUCAUCUACUACAACGAAAGACGAUCAGGAGUUACCUACCCUGAUGGCUACUAUUACUUUGUUAGCAUUGCCCUCUGUGAAGUGGAGGUGUAUGGAUGUCCUAGUGGGUUUUACGGGACUAACUGUUCUAACGCCUGUCCGGAUACCAAUUGUUACUGCCACAUAGAGACGGGCACCUGUCAGGGCUGCAAACCGGGGUUCCAAGGUUACUUGUGUACAUUAGCUUGUGACAGUGGCUGGUAUGGCUUGGGCUGCAGUGAGAGUUGUGGACAAUGCCGUGACGUCAACAAAUGCAUCAACACCAAUGGGACAUGCCUGACUGGAUGUAGCGCUGGUUAUACGGGACACAGGUGUCACACAUCCUGUCAGUACGGAUUCUUUGGACCAGAUUGUGCUGACAGAUGUAACGACACCUGUGAUGGUUGUAACAGAUUUAAUGGUUCUUGUGAUUCUGGGUGUAACCCCGGAUGGAAUGGGUCCGAAUGCCAAUAUGCUUGUGAUAAAGGAUCAUUUGGUAAUAACUGCAGUGAAACAUGCGGACACUGUCGUGACGUAGACCUGUGUUCCAAUACCAACGGGACCUGUUUAACUGGGUGUGAUGUUGGUUAUCAGGGAGAUUUGUGUAAAACUAAAUGUGACAAGGGAUCCUUUGGAAUUGACUGCAAUGAAACGUGUGGACACUGUCGUGAGGUAAACCUAUGCUCUCAUACCAACGGAGCAUGCUUAACCGGAUGUAGUGCUGGCUUUCGAGGAAACUUGUGUAAAACACCUUGCCUGCGCGGAUUUUAUGGAGAAAAUUGCACUAGUGAAUGUGUCGACACAUGUAAUGGUUGUAAUAAUGUCAUUGGCCUGUGUGAGUAUGGAUGCUACCCAGGAUGGACUGGAGCCUUCUGUCAAAUAGACUGCCCGUAUGGAUUGUUCGGACAAGAUUGUACUGGUGUUUGUAACGACAACUGUACGGGCUGCAACAAUAUAAAUGGUCUGUGUGACAGAGGAUGUCGUCCAGGCUGGAAGGGAGACUACUGUGAUAUUGAUGCCAUAAAGUUUUCCAGAAAAGGUUUGAUAAAACUACCAGUGUUCUGGUUGAAAAAGUUUUUGACAUUUUUGUUAAUGAAUUAUACGUUUUCAGUUGACACAUGACAGUCAUAACGGUGAAAAUUUCACUAAUACACUCAUUUAUACACAGAGCUUUCUGUACAUCUUUGUAAGAACACUUUUUAAAAGCAGGUUCAUAAUGAUAUCUACACUAAAGUCUUGUCUAUUAACACGUUAUUACACGUAACAACAUAAACCAAAUUUCAUAACUGCAUUACAGCUUUACAAAUUAUGUUUGUUU